GACAGUCUCAGAAACUUCAGUCUCUCACAGAGCACCACUACCCACAGAGCUCCAUCAUGAAGUUUGUGGCUCUUGCACUGACCAUCCUGUUCGCGGCAGGUUCCCAGGCACGGGUCCUGUCUGAUGCUCCUCCCUCUCAGCUGGACCAUGUGAGGGCUGCUGUUGGGGUGUACCUGGCACAGGUGAAAGAAACAGCAGAGAAGGCCCUUGGGCAUCUGGAUGACACAGAGUACAAACAGUACAAACGCACCCUCUCCCAGAGCCUCGACAGGCUCGAGGGGUACAUCAAGUCCACCUCUCAGACCCUGGCCCCCUACACCGAUGCCUUCAGCGCCCAGUUCAUGGAGAUGACCAAGCAGCUGCGCGAGAAUGUGAUGAGCGAUGUGGACAUGCUGAAGAAACAGCUAGCUCCCAAAACCGAGGAGCUGAAGCAGGUGAUACAGAAACACCUGGAGGAGUACCGCGAGAAGCUGGAGCCCUCACUGCAGGAGUACUUGGACAAGCACAAGCAGGAGGCCGCGGCCUUGAAGGAAAAGAUGCAGCCCGUUUUGGAAGAGCUCAAAACCAAGUUCCAGACGAACGUGGAGGAGACCAAAUCCAAGCUGAUACCCAUCCUGGACGCGGUCCGUAGCAAGCUGACCGAGCGCCUGGAGGAGUUGAAGACAAUGGCCACCCCCUACGUCGAUGAGUACAAGGAGCAUCUGAUCAAGGCCUUGGAAGAAUUGAAGAACGCCACUCCCAAGCUGGAAGAACUCCAGGGCAAAGCAGGCGCCCACGCUGAGGAUCUGAAGGCCAAGUUGAUGGCCCUCUGGGAGGCCAUCAGCAAGGGAUCACAGGCCUAGACGCACACUUGUUCCCACAUUUACCCACAUGCACAUAAGCUCACAGACACAUACACACGCACACACAGAUACACAAUGACCAUGUCAAUGGAUGUGCCUUUGCCCCUAUGCCAACGGGGCUCAUGCCAAUGUGCCAAAGCAAUAAGACUCUUCCUCCUUUUUUUGCAAGCACAUACACACAGACACAUACAGACACAAACACACACACACACGCAUACACACUGCAACCAGCUUCCUAUGUGCCUGC